GUAGUAGCGUGGUUGGUCUCGUCCCAAAGCUAAAAUACAAGGCCGGUGUUUUAUCGAUGUGCAGAGAGCGAGAGACCACACCACACUGCAGUGUCCAACCGCUUUGGAGCAUCGAGUGGGAGCUUUACGUGCGGGGAGUGAACGAGGCGGAAGCUCUUCGAUUCCCUCACUUCCCUCCCUUUUGUUCGCUCGCCUCUUUCGAACCCUAGAAAAUAACUGAGGAUCCUCUUUUCCACUUCUGCUCCCAACUUUGUGAAUCUUCUUGCUUCGGAGGAUGCGCGUCUGCUCUAUUCUGGGCCCGUUUCGACCCUGAAUUGACGUCGUAUUGCGGUUGCCACAGCUUUCCAGGUUGUCUGAGGACGCCAGCAUUGGAUGGGUUCGCCAACGAGGAGGCUCCUUGCUGUGCCUUCUGUGCUGGAUAAAAUCUAGGUCGUUAGUCGGGUUAGAGAAGCUUCGUGGCUUACAUUGGAAUUGGCGUUUUUGCUCGAUUAGGAUUCGAAACUCUUGGAUGUGGAGCUUCUUCGGUUUAAGCUCGUUCUUCAAUUUUAGCUGUUGGUAAUUUUUUGGUUGCAACUACUGUUAUGAUUGGCGAGCCCUAGUGCUUGUGAGGUAAAAAUAAUCUUGUUGGCUUCUGAGCGAGUUGGACUUGACUAUCCGCUGCUUGUCUGUUAUUGGUGAACAUAGUCUUGGCCUGCAGAGUGAGCUUCUGUGGAGCGGCUGGAGUGAGCAGAGAAAUUAAGGACUGGAAGAGAGAUGAGGUGGACAUGAGUAGGUUGUCAAUCCGGCCCCGUCCUCUUGACAUUCAUAAGAAGCUUCCCGUCAUAAAAUCUGCUAAGGAAUUUGAGGAUGAUGAAGCACUCACUAUCGCCCCUUCCACUCGAAACUCACCAUUGCAUCGUGCUGCUAACGAGAAUGACAACGAGACAAUUCCAACUCCUGGAAAGAAGAUUUCACAAGAAAUUCCUACUCCACAAUUCAACAUUGUGGAUACAUAUGAAAUAGAUUAUUCUUGCACGUUUGCACAGACCGCCUCUUAUAUACGUGGAAGAGGAGCUAGGGUUGAGAUUUGUGAGUCUGUUGAGUAUGACCUUGAUAAUGAGGAUGAGGAUUGGCUUGAAGAGAUUAACCGGGAGAGGAAGAUCCUUUCAUCAGAAAAGGUUGAGACCCUUCUCUUCAAACUGGAGAUUUUGGAUCAUAAAGCCAGAGAAAGAGCAGGGAUUAUAACACCCACGUUUAGUUCUCCUGUUCCUGUUUAUUUACAGCUUGAUGCUGCAGCUGAGGAUUUUAAUUCUCCAUCUGUGCAGCCUGCAGUUUUGCAAUUACUAUAUAGUUAUUGGAAAGAAAAGCGAGAAAGGUGGCAAAAACCUAUUCUACGCAGGUUGCAGCCUCCUCCCCCAAUUAAUGAUACAAAUCCGUACAAUGUGUUCAGACCCAGGGAAAAGGCACAUCGUCUUCACCCAAGAAGGAUGCAGAGGAGGGAAAAUAAUGUCCAAUCCUUUGAAAAACUGCGUCAAGUCAGACGUAGCUUGAACCAUGCUAAGAGAGUAGUGGGAGCUCUGAUUCAGAGGGAAGAGAAGAAGCAUGAUCUCAUUGAGUGCGAAAUCAACCUUCAACGUCUCCAGCUGAAAUACAAGCAUGAGGCAAAGCUUAUUGAAGAUCGAAUAAUGUUGUCAGUCUUGCAACAAGGUUCAUGCAAGUUUGCAUCAAGUGGAGAUGAUUAUAGCUAUUCAGAUGAUACAGAGAAUGACAACCCACAUGCUGGUCCUGCCUAUUUCCAUUGUAAAAAAGUGGACUCGAAGCAUUUAAUGGUCCCCAGUGCCCAAAUAAAGCCGGAGUUAAAGAUAAGACAUGUAUCAAACAGAUGGCUGCAGAUGCGGGAUUAUGAUGAACCUAUGUUGUUGUUCACUAGACCUCUGGAUCCAACCAGGCUUGCAGCUCUAGGCAUAAAGCUUCCGCCUUGUCCUCCUUCAGAGGAUGGCUUGAUUGUACCAGCUUUUCGCUUCCACAGCAGGGUUGGACGUGGAGGACGGAUUAUUUUUGACCGUUGCAAUCCCAUUUUAUGAACUCUUUCCUAAGAGCUACAGUUGAUGACUAUAAUAACUUCUCGUAUACCAUAUCCGAAGGUCCUAAGCUAGUGUCAUUUCACUUUGGUUGCAUGAUGUAUUGUGAAAAUCAAUGGGUUAUGAUCAAUUAAUCAAGAUUAGUCCGUAGAAGGGUCUUAAAUCAUGUUAUCAUUUUUCAUUGGGUGUUAGUGAUACUCUUGUUGCUCAUGUAUGAUUGUUUCGGGCACAGGUGAGCCUGUUAGGCAAGUGUAAGUCUAAAUAUUUGCUCAUUCAGUGAGUCUGAAUAUUCAAUUUGGUUGUUAGUAGACUUGACCAUGAGUCAGGUCGGGUUAACGGGUAACCAUGAGCUGGUUACAAAUCUAGCUCAUUUUUAACUAGUUCAAAUAUUCUUUUUUGUUUA